AUGCUCACCCCGCCAUACCAUUUUGCCAUUGUCGCUUCACCCUUGGGUCAAGGCUGUCAGGACGCCGCCGCCGCCGACACUUCACAGAUCCUGUACCGCGGCGCACUCCCAGCGGUUCGCAACGCUCCCUUUGUCCGUCGACUGGGACUCCGCACCCUCGUGUGUCUUCGCAAGAAGCCCCUCAAGGAAGAGGACGCAUUUACCCGCUGGGCGACACGACGAGGCAUCGACCGCGCAGACGUCAGCGAGGCUCUCAAGGUCCUACUGAACCCGGCCGCGUAUCCGAUCUACCUGGCAGAUACGAAUGGCAACUCCCACACGACCCUCAUCGUCGCAUGUCUUCGCAAAUUGCAGGGCUGGCAUGCAGAGUCGAUUGUGGGCGAAAUCUAUCGCUUCGAACCGGACCACGAUGACUUUCCGCUCGUUCCCUUCAUCACGUCCUACCUGUCCACCUCUGGACCCAGCAAGGAUGACCCAGGAGCUGUUCUCGCGCUCCCACCACCACCGUAUCCAUCAUGGCUGUGGCCCGCUCAGCCCGCGACGCCCAGCACAACCCCUUCGCAACCCAACGAACGCGAACGCGAGCGUGAACGCUCGACAACAUCCAAAUCGGCCACCACAUGCCUGUCUUCCUCCACCGGUCCCCUCCCCUUCCCCAACCCACUCACCGCAAGGCGUCACCCAAGUAUGCGUCUCACCUUCCCGGCCGCCCCACCACCCCCAGCGCCGCUCCCGACCCCCAAGGGGACGACACCACCGGCGCGCACCCCGUCCAGUGCGCCUCUCGCGCGGGUCAACACUAUGGACCGCCGAACCAUCUCGCCGCGAGAGACGACAACACGGGAAGACAGUACCGGCAGCGUUGGCGGCGCAGGCCCAGCGGCAUCGACCUCGGCAGACCGGCAUCCUGUGCCCAAGGUCUCGUUUACCGAUGCCUUCAACAUCAACGGCGUCAUGACCCGCAGUCCUGUCGCAAUGAUGGGCUCAAGCGCGACACGCUGGGUCCCGCCCAACAAGUCGAGCACGACGAGCUCGUCGGCCGACGACGAGUUGGUCAUGGACCCGGACGACGACGAGGAUGAAAACGAGCUGGGAAACCUCGACGACGAGCCUGCCAAUGAGGAGGAGGACGAAGAGGAAGAGGACGGCGAAGGUGAAGAGGAGGAGGAGGAUGACGAGGAAGAGGAGGACGAUGAUGACGACGACGAUGAGGACGAGGAUGAAGAUGAGGAAGACGACGACGAUGACGAGCCAUCCGUGUCGCAGUACAUUAGCGCGCUGGAUCUCGCAGGCUUUGGAUAG